GGUCCAUUUAUGUGCGCGCUUGCUACGCUCGCGCAGAGGGCUCGCGGUUAAUUCUGUGAGAGAGGAGCACAGCAUCCACAGCUUGUAGAAGGUGGGUGUGACAGACAGCAUCUUCAGAACAGAAAAAAGUCCAUAGGAAUUAUUUUUUCGUCCGUAAAUUGACCGGCAGCACACUCUAAAGAUGGCAGCCUCUGAAGAUAUCCAGGUCAAGGAGCUUGACAAGCGGGCCUCUGGCCAGGCCUUUGAGGUCAUUCUGGGUGCUCCUGCCCCAGAUUCCAAGGGUGAGUUCCCCCUUUCUCCUCCCAAGAAGAAGGAUGUCUCACUGGAGGAGAUUCAGAGGAAGCUGGAUGCUGCAGAGGAGAGACGCAAGAACCAUGAAGCCGAGGUUCUGAAGCACUUAGCUGAGAAGCGUGAGCAUGAAAAGGAAGUGCUACAGAAAGCUAUGGAGGAGAACAACAACUUCAGCAAGAUGGCAGAGGAGAAGCUCAAUCAGAAGAUGGAGGCCAACAAAGAAAACCGCACAGCAAUUAUGGCAGCGAUGAACGAGAAAUUCAAGGAGAAGGACAAGAAGUUGGAGGAGGUGCGGAAGAACAAAGAGACCAAAGAUCCCACCUCAGAAGAAGGCACUUCGGAAGACUGAAAGUUACAAACGGGGGAUUGUAUAGGGUUUUUUACGUAUCCAAAGAUUGAUUUAUUUUUUGUUUGGCCAGUAUUUUUGUUGUGUUCACUACCCACCUUUUUGAAAUAAGAAAUACAAGUUCCACUUUGAAUUUUUCAAUUCUCCUGCUAUAAGUGUACUUGCGCUGGUUUUACAUGUGGAUCAUUUCCUCCCUUUUGUUGAGUCUAAUCCAUUUGCUAUGUAGCUUGUCAGUGCAGCUUCUGCCCUUUUUGAAAAUUAGCAGUGUGUACUUACCCUUUUUGAGGAAGCAUGUUUCUAUGUAUAGGUCUUUUACCCUGCCUAUUUCAUAGUGCGUUUUGAAAAUGUUCCUGUGAACCACACCUGUUCUCGGCACUUACUGUAUAUUAAAAAAAUAAAAAUAAAUAAAAAAAUAGCACAAGGUUUGAUUAAGGCGUCGGCUGUUAUACAUGCAGGUGUUUAGUGCAGCUUUGCUACUGAGAUUCCGCUAGUUUGCUCCUGCAGAUCAUGUUUUGUGCCGCUGCUGAUUUGCUUUUGUAAAAAUAUGGGGUUGUCUUCAAAGCACAUGACUUCUUGCUGUAUAGCUGUGAACUAACAUGCCAGACAUGGAAGUGGAUGCCGUCUUGAACAUCACUGAACAGGGGGUCUACACGUGGAAUGCAAAAGAGCAAUACACUUUGGCAUCUCAAUAGAUACAGUGGCUAGUUGACUUGAACUGUUGUACUAAAAUAAAUAAAAAAAAUGUAAACACUCA